AUGUUUAACGAUGAAUCACAAGAAGCUGUAGAAUUUCUUUCUUCUUGGAAAACUGAAAGGUAAGGUUCAAUAAUAUAUAUUUAUUUGCCGGGAUUUUGAGGUAGUAAGGUUUUUGAUCGGUUAUCAUUCCAAGAUCUCCUGUCCACCAAAGUACCAAAAGUUUUUUUUUUUUCUGCAACAAAAGAGCACUAGUGCUCUAAUCACAACUUGGCACAAUGUUGCUGACCCUACGUAGGGUCCAACUCUGCAUAUGUAAGUUUAAUUUAAAACCAAGGAUACAUGACAGUGCCUUAACCGUGGGGAUGGGGGGAAGUAAGAUUUUUUAUCCCCAACCCACCCCCCUCCCAAAAAAGAUGGUUGGAAACGGAACCCCACAAUUUUUUGUGUGGAAAUCCAACAGGUUAACCUUUAGUCAACACAAUCAUAAAAAAUUGUCUGGAAGGGGGCAAAUUUCAUUGGCAUCUUUGAACAAAGAGUCCAAAACUCCCAAGACAUUAAAAAUGUGCUAUUAGGACAGUGCUGAUAAAAUAUGGAAUAUCCCAAAGGAGUUCCAAUGCUAUAUAGCUAUCUGCAUUAUAAGUCAGACUUUAAGAUAUAAGAUAAGAUGAGAUAUUUUAUUAAUUUUAUAUUAUUUAUGGCACUAAAACUAUAUACAUAUCCUAAUGGCCGAUAAAGGCUGCCAAACACUAACGCAUAACAUCCAUAACAAACAGUGCACCCAAACAAAAGGAAAAUAAAACACCCCAAUCACUGUGAAAGGAAUUGGUUCGUUGAGAAAAUGCCAAAAAGGUCUUUAGAGCCGGCUUAAACCCUGAACACUCUGUAUACUUCUGAUAGCUGAAGGAAGAGUGUUCCACAGUUACUGGCCAACGCAUACACGAGUGAAGGCCUUGUCCCCAAGGGUCUUGCACUGUGUUUUGGACCUUUAAUUCAAAGCUGGUAUUGGAUCUUAAAUUGUUAGCACUACUCUACUUGAAACUUAAAAGCUUUUUCAGGAAGAAUAAGUGGCAGAACAUCAAACAAUGUGCAUGAUCUUCUUCUUACUGGCUGGGGCACAACUUCAAAGUUUGUUGGGUGUUCUGCAGUUGACCCUUUUUAACAUGAAUUCACAAUUUAAUUUUUUUAUAAAAUUGUUUUAAUUUGCAGAACCAUUAAAGAUGCUGUUGCACAAACUAGUGAGAUUAUAACUUAUGAGGCUAAUGUGCAGUCCAUUUACAAAGUAGAUCAAGAGGUCAGUGAUGAACUAGCUUACAAUAUUUUCAACUUCUAAUAAAUAAUAAUUAUUAUUAUUUAUUAGAAGUUGAUCAUUCUUUUGGACAUUUAUAUUUGUUACGCAUGUUUAUUUUGUUCAUUAUAUUGUUGACUAAUAUAAGCAUCUUCCUGUAUAUGUUGUGAAUUUGACAGUGUUUGGCCAAUUGAUGUUUGAGUGGUCUUGAAUGAGAUCAUUGGAACUUAAGUUUUGCUUAUAAGAAAAAGGGUCAUUCAUUCAUUCAGCAAAAUUACAUAAAUGAUAGGCCACACUCCUACAGGUUUUUUUGAGGAUCCUAAGGGUACCUUUAAAAAGUGGGAUUAAGGAUAUCAGAGGAACAUUGACAGAAAGUAUUUACAGCAUGUAGCAUUAAUUUGUUUAUUACAGGCUCAAACUGAGGAAGAAGAUGAGAAAGGAAAACUUGUCUUUAUUUGUGAGGAAGAGACUCCGGUGAGGGAAUUCAUAUAAUUUAAUCAACAAAUUAAUUAGCUUUAUUGCCAUUAGGCUGGGGGAACAAUCCCUUUUGAAAGUGAUGGGUAGGGCAGGGGUGCUCGUUAUCUUCGUUAGGGAUGUAGAUUGCAGAUUCAAGACUUGAUCUUCAUGUUCUCUUGUGCAUAUAAGCGUUAGAUACACUCCCUCUGUCUACUCCCGUCUUUAAUGACUACCCUUGCCUCCUGUCUUGUUGACCUUGGUAUCUUCAUUUUCAAUGUCUCACAAUGCACAGAGGGGAACUGCAGGCUUCAGUAAGGCAUUGAAUACACUGUAGGUUCACCUUAGUUCUCUUGCUGAGCUGUUUGGAGCUGCCAACCUUCCUUAACCUCUUAAAAGUGGCUUUAGCUUUACUUAACCUGCAUUCUAUAUCUUUGUGGGUCCCACCAUCAUUGUUUGAGUAUAGCUCCUAAUACACGUAAUCCUUGUCUUCUUCAAAUCGACAAAUAAUUUGUGAAAUUUUCUUCAAUUUGUCUUCAUUUUGCCGAUAAAUUGUAGGCAGGGCAAAUUCAUAAGUGUGAAGCCAUUUAAACUGCCCCUGGGCCCUCAAUAGCAUUUCCCUCCCCACCAUAAAAGACCACCAGGCUCUAAAUCUUUACUCUUUAUGGGUAGAAGAUUGGGUGAUUUUACAUCCCCUUUGAAUUUAGUUACAAGGUUGAAGGAUUGAAGAAGGCCAACAGCUUAAUGCCAUUGCUCAAUAACAAAAUUAGCUGAACUGAAACAGUGUCUCAAAUCAAAGUGAGCAAGAUCAUUCCCAGCUUUUUGUAGUUUUAAACUGGUUAAACUGGUUUGUGGUAGUCAACUGGGGUUCAAACCUGCUCAGCAAAUGGUGAUCUUUCCACUAAGGUUUACUCUAGAGGCAGUCCUAAGAGUUCAGGGUUGUCAAAACGUUUUUAAGUAGCAGGCUGAUGAUCAAUAGUAAGCAGCUGUGGAACUCGCACCAAAGGCACAAGCUGUUGUGGGCCAAGGCAUCUAGGGACAUUUUGAAAAUUAGAGUCUUGGAAAUGGCAUUUCCAAGGGUUUUCAAGAGGUGUUUUCCACCUCGGACACCAUGUUGUUUCGUCAGAAUACACGCAAGCCUGGAAACAAUGACAUCCCAGACGUUCCAAGACAUUGCACAGUUCAAACGUUUCACAGGCCAGGGUCUAAAUCUGUUUGAAUAUGCAUUCAAUUUCAUUCAAAACUGGGAAAGGAAACGGAUGCUUUACAAUUUUAUUCGAAGGUGCUUAUUUUUUUUAGCAGUCAUGGCAGAAGGAGAUGAAAGUAGCUAGGUAAGGAUGGCCAACUAGCCGGCGGUUUUGGCCAGCUACCAGCCCUUAUUGACAGCCCUAAGAGUUAAGGGAGUAUUAUCAAUGUUAUUAAUAUACAGUGUACUAAAACUCACAUUUUUAUGCUUUUUUAACAGGGUCUAAUCAAUUUCCUUCAGAGAGUGUACCCUGACCUCAGUCGCCAGCUUCAGCUUAACACAACAAGUCAUGCAUUUGAUGGUACAGUAUGGAUCCUCUCCUUAUUGUUUACAUUUUUUUCAUGAUCUACUUUCCUAACAACAUAUUCAUUCAUUAAUAUUUUUUAAGACUGUCUGUUCGCUGGAAACAGACAGGGAAUGGAACAUUUGCCACUUAGAAAUGAGAACAAAAAUAUGCAUCCCACAAUAGUAAUAAACGACUGUUUAACUGUGACAAUAGACAGAUCAAAGCACACUAAUGACAUUACAAGUCUUCAUAGCCAAUAACAUCAUGGCUUAAUUAUUGUUUCCGGAUUCGUUACUGGAGACGUACUGGUCAGCUAUUGGCCAAUGUUUUCCUUGUCCCAAGUGACAGUCCUACAGUUCAUAAGAAGGUUGAGUAUGAUAGUCCAGGUGAACGUAGUCCUGAAUAGGAUUGUUGUUAUUGACAGUCGCUGGCGUUUCGACAACCUGUGCAGUAGUCAUCUUCAUAGUCAAAGUGAGUUGUAUCACGUCAGUUGAUGGUAUUAUACUCUGGUUAUUGACUGAAUUGGUCAUUUAAGUCGCAAUGUUAUUGGUCGUCUGUCAGUUAAGCCAUGAUGUUACUGGCUUUGAAGACUCAUAAUGUCGUUGGUGCGUUUCGAUCCCUCUUUUGUCACAGUUAUGGAGUCAUUUAUUGUUGGUCAAAUUGUCAGUUGUCCAGUCAUUAUCUCAUAGUUAGUUUUGCUUGAUUCCAUCUGCAAGUCAUUUGUACGGUGUUGUUGUUGUUGUUGUUGACUACGAUUCAGUGGCGUUUGUUCUAAGUUUGUUCUUUGCAAAUUAACUCCACCCAGAUUUCUUCUUGUUUCUUAAGUGACGAAAUGCAGGUUCAACUUGUUUGGACAAACAUCUAUUUUUAUUAUUUUGUGUUUUUUUUUUUAAUCUCUACUUUUCAUACAUUAGGAUUUGAAGUCAGUUUAGAAGAAUCAGCCAGCUCAGUAUCGUGUAUUCAUACCUUAACAAAUGCGAAUUUGAUUGAAGAAGAGGUAAUAAAAAUAAACUGUACAUGUAAAGUUAUUUUAUUUAUGUGGCUGUGUAUUAUUGUAGGUUAAAUUACCUAAUCUGUUCUUAGUUUGAAACAGUAUUCAACCUAUUGAAGGCAGCUUUUUGUAAGUCCUGGCAAACUUCGUUAAAUCCUGAUUUGAACUAUACUAGUAUUUCUUCUUAUAAUGGCCUCUAGAGGCAGUUUGUUACUUUGUACUCUUCGCUGAUUGCUUAACCAUUUCAUUCUUUCAUUUCUUUUGUAGGUUAACUAACAUUUUCUCUUAGGUCAUCAUUUCAAUUUUGAUAUAUAAUAUUCUCAUAACCUUAUCUCUUGGGGAUGCAUUGAUUUUGUUAGGUGAAAAUUGAUACUGGUCACUCUGGGGACUUUAUAAGCAUUAUAUAAUAAUAUUCUUUUGUUUUCAGCUGCAAGUGACUGGCUUGUCAUGGAAUUCUACUGGAUCUGUAAUUGCUGCUUCGUAUCCUUCUACAACAUUCUAAUUAUUUGAGAUUUGUUUUUCAAUCAGAGACACAGGGGGCUUGGAAGAAAAAGUUUGAAUACUAUCAAUAGGAGUCAAAGCUAUGACCUUCUAAUUACUAUUAACAAUGCUAUGCAACUAAGCUACAGAAGACUCCUGGGAGCUAAGGCCACUAAAGGACAUUUUAAUACCAGUAGUCCAAGACAUAAAAUAUAUCUGAAGGUGGAUUUUACCAAAUUUUCCAGUUAUACCGUGAUAUUAUUUUAAUUGUCCAUUUCUCUCACUGGGUGUGAAUAUUGAUUUUACCUGUCUUUUUCUCUGACAUUUUGAGUGGUGCAAACUUGACAAUACCACUGUAGAUAUGGGAGAUUUGACCAUGAGGACUGGUGUACUCACAAAUCUACACUUUGCACCUGGAACAUUGACAGAAAAGCUCUUGAUCCAAACAAACCUGAUGCUAACAUAGACUUGUCAGUAAGUAACUUCCUUUGCAGUUCAAUUGCCAUUAAAAGUUUCAUGAUAAAUGCCUUAUUAAAAUAAGUGAUUCUUAAAUAAUUUUUUUAGUUCCAUCAUGACUUUCCUCCAUUUCCCUACCAGUGUCGUGCAACAAACUGUGACUUUUUUAUUUGUUGUUAAAAAUUUGUUGAAUCAUAUGUAAAACUAUUAUGUACUGGUUGUUGUCACUUUUUUCAGAGCUGUUUGAUGUGCAUUACAUUUCACCCUAAACUGCCCUCAGUCAUAGCCGGAGGAACAUUUAACGGUUAGUCUUGAUGCACCGAACAAUAAAAAUUCAGAUUAUUAUAUUGUUUUGGGUUACCACUGAGAGGCAUUUGCAGCACUCGAAAAAAGUCCUAUUCUGUAGUCUGGGAAAAAUCAUUGUUUUGCUCGGUAAGUAACAUUUAAAGCUCACUUGCCCAAUGGACAAGGGUGCAAGCUAGUCAUCUUCUAACCAAAUCGUUAAGUUAAACUAAGACGAGCAAGAAGUGGCCCUGGGCAUUAGCAAAAUGUGAGAGCUACUUGCUUAAAGCACAAGCUGGGAUUCAAGUCUUUUUUGAGCCCAGAUAUGUGCACAUCCAUCUUCCUUAAUUUUCUUGAAUGUGUUAAUAAAAGUUUAUGUGUUUUCUGUAGCUGUAAAUUUUUUUAACAUACUCUUUGAAUGAUUUUCAGGUGAAGUGCAAGUUUGGGACAUGGGAAGAGAAGAUGACACUCUUAUUGCUACAUCUGGGAUGGGAUCAGAUUCACACCGUGAACCAGUCACCAAGGUAAAAUAAUUUAUGUGGUAAUAUUUAAAGUAAUGCUAGGAUUCUGUUUCCAUAUGCGACUGACAGUCCUGUUUCCUGCAUUGGUGGUGUUUGAGGAGGAAGGUGAUCAAAAGAAAAUCUAGGUGCCCUGGAAUGCGAAUGGUGUUCUUCCUCCCUUGCAUGCCCUUCUUACACAACUGAAUUCCCUCUUUUCUUUCUUUUUUUUAAAUGCUUGCCAUGCAAGCUAGCACUUCAUUGGCAAGUUAGAUGUAGAGGUGAAAGAAAUUAGGUACAAGACAACAGGACAAUGGUCUGUUGAAGUUACAAGAGUUUUCUGUGUCUCUAUUUAAUACUCUGUUCUAUGUCUGUUUCGUGUUCUUAUUGUGUAAUAUCUUGCCUGAUUCUUGUACGAUUUGCAUAAUAUCCAGUUUCACCUAGAUUAAAAUGGUUGUGGUCCAUUUUUGCAUAUAUUCAUUUGCCAUCAGCAAUUUCACGGUUCCCAAUCUUUUUUCAAACAAUAUCUAGAAUUUACAAAAGUGCAAUUUGGUUGUUAAUGGUCCAUUUUUCUGUUUCUUGCAUUCAUUUGUCACUGUUCUUUUUAGUAAUUUAAAGGUCAGUCCCCAUCUUUUUUUCAAACAAUAACUAGAAUGCUACAAAAGUGCAUAUUUAGCUGUUAAUGGAAUCAGUUUCAUCAAAACCAUUGUCGUUUAUUAUGUUAGGUCCUGUGGAUGUUGGAUACCAGUUCUAAAGCAAGCAAGUAUCAGGUAGAAGAUUUUGCUGAAAAGAUAGAAUCUUUUUGUUGUUGUUGUUGUUUUUUUUGUUGUUUUUUUUCCAUGAAGGGGCAGGGGUGGGGCAGAGAGCAUUGACCUCCUGAACUGAAAUAUAUUUUAUGUUGUGGUUUAGUUCUUUUCAAAAUUGUCUACCAAAACAUCAUGAAAUAGUGAUAUCUUCAUAUCACAAGCCCCUGCUUAACCCUCAGCACUCUAAGGUAAAUUCCCUAAAAUUUUCUCCAUAUACUGCUAACGCUCGCUGGUUUUGUAAAAUGAUGUAUCAACUUGCUUUACUUGUCCUAGGUCCUCAGCAUAAGUGGAGAUGGUAAGUUGCUCAUCUGGCAACUGUCACCUGGAUCACAUGACCUCAAACUGGUCAGUGGAUUCAUCUUACAGACAGAGAGUGUUCCUCGCAGCAUGCGCUUGAGCAAAGCCCGUGGUGAUGCAGAAAUGGGAGGUACUGUACUCUUCUGGUGAUAAAUUACUUUGUGCGUAGUGACACUCAUGUUGACGUGACCUAUUGAUAUUAAUGUAUCUCUAGUCUGAAAAAAGCCACUCUUAUUUUUUGGCUGAUUUUCUAUUACCGGUAGGCUUUGUUCAUAUGGCACUGGACAAAUUUGCGACUGUUUGAAAAUUUGUCCAUGUGAACAGAGCAAAAAUAUUGAACAGUCCCGUGUGAGCAAAGUGUCGCAUCAAAUUUAAAUUCAAGUGGUCAAAAAUUCUUCCAGUGCCGUGUGAACAUAAGGUAGCCUUACUUAUCAUUUUUAUAGUCUCCAUGUCUAUCACUCUCACUCACUCUGCAUACUGUAUAUUAAAUUUCUCUUGUUUUUUCCCCUCAAUUUCCAGUGACAAGCAUGUCUUUUUCUCAUGAAGAUCGCAGUCUGUUUGUGUUAGGAUCAGAGGCAGGGGGUGUAUUCAAAUGCUCCAUGACCUCAAGGGGUCCUCCUCUGACAAGUAAGUUACCUGCAACCUAAACCAUAAAUUAGCCAACUCAGAAAUGAGAAUGUCUGCUUUGGCUUGUUUCACCAAUAUAGUCAGUAGAUUUCUGUUCACACUAUUUAUUCUUCUAAAACCUCCAUGUGAGCAGUGAGCCCGAGCAAAGCAGCACAAGCACUGAGUCCCAAGCAGUGGGCGGGGUUGGAUUAUUUAUUUAUUUUAUUUGUUUAUUUUUUUAUUAUUAUUAUUUUUUUCAUUUUUUUCAUGUACUCAAUUUCAAUUUCAGGGCAGGAAAUAUGACUUAACUGAGUGUUUAAGCCUGAAUAAGGUGUUCAAAAGGGGUCAAAGAAUGCCGAUUUAUUGAAUAAAUCUUAGUCCUUAAAAAAUAUAAUUUGUCCUUGAAAAGUCCACCAAAAGUCAUUAAAAAUUAUUUUUCUGAAGUUGUAUGAACCAUGCCUAUAGCCGAGACGUUAGAGUGUCUAACCGGUAACUGGCAGGUCGUGCAUUCAAUUCCUGCUGAGGGCUCACAAUUUUUUUUCCGAGCAUUUCUUCACAUAGUUCACAUCUACUUCAGCUUGAAAAUCGCUGGUCUAUUUUGCACCCAACUAGACUGCUAAAGGAGCCUUUGUGACCUGUGACAGAACCAGACUGGCUGCAAAAUCCUUUACUCAUUAAGGACCGUAUUUAUCUCCUUAACAAAGUCAUUUCUCCUUGUAUUUAGAAAUUCUUUUGUCGUUGUUGUUGCUGUUGAGGUUGUAAUUCUGUUUCUGCGAUAUCAUUGUUAUUAUCACAGACACGCACAGUUCGGUGCCGCUACGUUCUCCAGUAACCUUCGCAUUCUCUCCUCAUUUUGGUCCCGUGUUUUCUGUGGAUUGUUCACCUUAUCAUAGGAAUCUUUUCCUCACGUGUGGUACAGACGCGUCUGUCAGACUCUACUCCAUGCUACAGGUCAGCAAAUGUGUGCUUCCCUUGUGUAAGCGAAUGUUAAAUCCCUUCUGUCUUUUCUAUACUGAGACGUUUCAGAGUGCGCGGAUUUUGCUUCAAGCAAACCAGUGACAUGUAUGGUUUAAAGAAAUUAGAGGUUUCCUCGAAAAGAGUUGACCAUGCAUCGUUUAGUUCCAUGGACAUGUCCACGACUGUCCUUUAGAUUCGAGACGAGCAAAAGCGGUCGUUUCGCCCGAAAGUCGAUUCGCCCGACGGCGUUCGCCAGGACAUUGGUCGAUUCGCCCGAUGACAUACAACACUCUAAAACAUGGUGAGCAUACCUUUAGAGGUUUUAUUUUAGUUACCCUUGGAUUCCACAUGUGCAGGCACUGUCUUUCCAAACAUAUUCCCCUUUUUCAGGCUUAAAGAACGACAAACACGCUUCGGGCGAAUCGACUUAGUCUGGGCGAACUGCUAUCGGGCGAAACGAAAUGAUACCGAGACGAGGACGACCACAAGGACGAGACUUUAAUCCAAGUUUUUUCGCGUUUUCCCAAAAAAUAGACACCCCGGAAAGCUUUUUGUUAAUUUUUCUCCACAGAAAAGUUAACUGAGUUCAACUGUAGUUUUCGACUUUACCUUUGUUUUCACAACAUAAAAUUAGAACCAAGUGGCCCAAACCAGGUCACAUAUGUGGGGCGAACACGUUUCGGGAUGGGACCACUCUGGCAUUGUUCACUAAGUCCUCCCUAGCAUAGACGAUUCUUUUCAUUGACAAGUAGUCCGUUAUUGCAUUUACUACAGGGGGAGCCUUGGGUUGCUUCCUCCAGUGAAAUGAAAUACGAGUAAAAUAAAAAGUCUUUACGUUUCACAGUCCAAGCCUUUGUUCUCUGUGGAGCCUGGUGCUGGGUACUUGUUCAGAGUUCGCUGGUCACCCUCGAGACCUUUGGUGUUUUCCGUGGUCACAGCCGAUGGUAGAUUACUUAUUUAUGACUUAAAGGUGUGUGUAAACGUUCACUUCGUUAGUGUCCUGGGGUCAAUUUAAUAAAACUUGUACACGUGUAAUUCACAAGUGUAGCCACGAGUCUGAAAACAACAUCUACACUUGGAAAUCUUACUUGUGAAAGUUUUAUUGAAUUGCCCCCAGACUAGGUGUGCCUUAGAAAUGUAAACUUUCGAAUGGCACCCCUUACAGUUCGCCCUUCAGCUAUCCUUAGCUAAAAUUAGCCUGCGAACACGUUCUCGACUUUCCCCCUCUUCCACGCUGUUACGCAAAAAUUCCGAAAUUUUUAGUUUAUUUUAUAGUUGUUCAUAACAAUCUUUCAUAACUGAUACGUCUAUAAUAGGUGAUCUGAGCCCUUUUGCAAGCAUUAUAUAAAUGUGAAUUUAACUAAGUGGAAAUUUUUUUGAAUUGUUUGCUUUAGAAAUGUAAACUUUCGAAUGGCACCCCUUACAGUUCGCUCUUGGGACGAGGCUGGGUAUUAACUGUUUACGCAAGGGGAAUAGGCGGUGGCGUGUUAAAUUACUGUGAGAAUAUUUAUUUUGUAGAUUAACCGCAUCAACCCAGUUGUCUCAUUGGACGUCACGGCCAAUAAAUCACCAGUCUAUUCACUGGAAUACAACCUUCAAAGGUACCCUUUUUUGGUUUAUUUUCCCCUUCGGCUAUAUUUCAUCCAGUUUUGGUUGGUUGGCGAACUAAAGCCACAGGAUACCCACUCAGUCGAGCUCUAUAGCACAAAGCACCUAUUAGUAUUGCUACUCCCCACCCCUUCCCUGGACGGAAUGCUUUCUUUCACAGUAUUAGCCCAAGCAUGACAUCGCUAUUUCUGAUUUAUUUCCCACCCCUCCCUCAGGCGGAAUGCUUUCUAUCACGGGAUCAACCUAAGCUCUGCAUCGCUAUUUUGCUAUUGGUACCAGAAGCUCUCACCCUGCCCCUACCCAGGUGGAACGUGGGAUAUUGUACAGCUUACAUUAAAUAAAACGAAGCUUUUGCCACGCAGCUUUUGGAAAGUUCGUGAAAGAACGUUAAUGGGCCCUUUGCACAAUACAGUCACAUGGCACAAAAACGCCUUGAUGGAGGGCAAACCGGCAACGCAAUGGAACGUAGAAAAGGUGAAGGAUUAUUACUUUUCGGAAUGAUGUUUGUCUUUCUUGUCGUUUGCCAUCCAGCAAGGUGUUUUUGUCCUAUCUGAUCGUUUUAUGCCAAGGGCCCAUUAGUUUAGUUCCUUUUUAAAGCCCUUUCUGUAGCCCUGUGGUGCUUUACGUAGCCUUACACUGCCAUUUCUUUGUGUUUCGUCUUUUAGACGUCAAAUAGUUGCCACUGGAGAUUCUCAGGGACGUAUUAAAAUAUGGCGACUAAGCGAUGACUUAACAAACCAGAGCGCUCGAGAGGAAGAAUUUUUAGCUGUUAUAGCAAAUGACGCACAAACAGAAUAA